AUGCCCCGGGGUCCCUCACGCUCUAGCUUGUCCAACCCUCUGUCUUCCAACAUCGUCUCUGUCUUGAACUCGCCCUCUGUUUCUUCCAUCUCUCCUUCUCCUGAACCUCAACACACCAUGGUGGGCAAGAAGAACAUGCGCCGCAACCCUCAGUCCGAGGUCACCAUGCCCGUCACCUACACUCCUACCACCCACCGCAUCAGCAAAGCCAAGAAGGGCAAGCGUGUCCAUGCAUGCGAGUUCCCUGGCUGCAACAAGGUCUUCACCCGCGCCGAGCACCGCCGACGACACGAAUUGAACCACAACCCGGAGGCUUUAUACCGAUGCAGCCAGCAGGGAUGCAAGAAGGCCUUCCACCGACCUGACCUGCUUGCCCGGCACAUGGAACGACACGAGCUUGAGGCACAAACCGACUCCCAAUGGACGCCGCCUACCCAGGCCCCCAUGGUAACCGAGUCCGCUUCCAUCCCGCACUGUGUGUCCAUGGACAACAGCGGGCUCCUGGCCGCCACGUCGCAGCCACACUCCAUGUCCAUUGGCUCACUUGUGGCCCCGGGCGUUCACCCCGACCUGGCCAACGAUUGCUCUCUGAUGUGGAGUGGCGUUGAGAUGCCGCUGCAGCCGCGCCCAUCCUUCCAGAACCACGUCCCCGAGUCGGCCGACGACAGCCCGUUCUACUCUUCGCCCGCUGAGACCUGCCCCUCGCCUCUCUCGGACGCCGCCUACUCUCUGCCUCCUCACUCUAGCUCGUCCAUCUCUUCUGGCUCGGUCUCAGUGAUUGAGCAGUAUCCCAAGGGCAUCAUGAAGCCCGAGGUGGCUUCGCCUCUCCAGAUGCACUCGCCUCUACGCUGGGACGGCUCCGAUGCGGCCAUGCCUUCGCACAUGGUGCCCAUCUCCUUGGGUGAGAACCUGAUCCAGCCGCCCGUGCAGUGCCACUACCCUUCUCCCACAUGGUCUGGUGCCGACUGCCUACCUUACGAGGAGCACCUCCAGCACAUGGGCCACUUCCAGCCCGUGACCUGGGCCAUGUGA